UCCUAGUAGUACUCGUUGUCGCGUCAAGAAAGUGAACGACCGAAUACACUUUCCUUCUUUGGAUGCACACUUUGGGCGCUUCAUCUCAUCUUCGCGCCACAGUCACCGCUUGCACUCAUGCACAAAUGUCGCGAACUUAGUAGACUUCCCAAAGCUUCCAAGCUCAGGUCAUUGAACUUCAGGCGCACUACUCCUGGUACAUACAAACCGUUGCUGUUCGGGGACUACUGCAACCUCACUGGCCCGGUCGAUCCCACCCAUCCCGCUGCGAAAACCCCGCAGAAGCUUCUUUGCCAUUUGUUUCCGACUGCGAAAGCGAAGGGAUUUGCUUUACGCGCGGUCCCCAAGGCGUUGCUUUGGAAGGUAACCAUCCCAUGGCCUGACCCACCGUAUAGUCCGGCGCCAGCCCGUGGCCCUGGAUCACCCAGGCUGAAUGUAUCGUUUGUGCGAUUGAUGAGCAAGUCGUUGGCAAAAUCCUCUGUCGUACGAUCAAAGGUCGGCUUGAAGAUGAAGACGGCCAUUUCAUUGAUCGUGACGCGUGGAGCAGACGUCGAAACGGACGAGAAAGGGAGGAAGAAGAUAGUGUUCAAAGAGGGAGACAUUGGAGACAAGUGGAUCUUGUCGGAAUGGACAUAUAUCCAUAGCCCGACCCUCGAGGUCUAUCGCAUGCCAUACUAUGAUCUGAUUCCUGCGCUACGCAAAACGCUCAAGGCUGUCAAGUUUCAAGCGGAAAUUCUGGAGCGAACUGUGUGGGCUGGUCGCAAAAAGAAGCCGAGGAGAGAGGCCAGGCUGUCGCCGACAUUCGUCUCGCAAGGACGGAAGCCCGAUUUGUCUGGACUAUCUGAAUUCUUACCAUCGAAAGCAGCUGCUACAAGAAAACGUCGCAACGACAAGAGCAACAGUCAGCGGCUGCCAUCGCCGACAUCCGUCUCGCAAGGACGAAAGUCAAAUUUAUUCGGACUAUCUGAAUCUGUAUUAUCAAAGGCAACUGCUAUCACAAAACGUGGCAAUGGCCAGAGCAACAGUCAACGGCCACCAUCGCCGAUGAUAUCAGGGAGCGAGUCUAGUCCGUCUGUGCGCAAACACGAAUCGGCAAUGCCUCGCAUCUUCUUCCCAUCACAAUUCAACUACGGUCCCGAGGCACCCAAUCCCCUUGCUCGGUCAGCAUCGCGUUCAGAGGAGCAGUCAAGAAAUCGGGAAACCACCUCCUCACUCUCUCACCCUAGCUUACCGUCGACAAGCGCGGAGCCAGCGGAAGGCGAGAAUCGGGAGUAUUCACUGGCGAGCACCCGGGCGAAGUUGUUCAGCAAGAAGCCGGUGAUUGCGCCUGCUGUGCGACCAAUCAAAAGGGUUCCGAAGAAAUGAAGACUGCGCUUGGUGUGGGAGUCAGCCAUGUGUGCGAAUGCUUUGUUCGGUAAUGCUAUGUUUGUGGUCUUUUCGAGGCUAAUGGUCGACUUGAUGGGUGUGUGGUUCUUUGCAAUUGCAUCGCCCCGCUUAAGACUGUACACGCGGUUCGAUCUUCAAUGCAAAAUUCAAUGCGAUGGCCAACUUGCCUGAGCGCGUUUGCAUCUUAUGGCAGAAUCUCCGUAACACGCACCACACAUUGACGAUCAAAGC